CAUCCGGCUACAUUUGAUGGUACUGACGGAUACUAUCUUUGAGCUGCCGCUUAACUGUGGAAUCGAAAUCGGAAUUGGAAAUAUCGUUUUCGUUCGAGGCGACGGCGUCACCUCUCUCUGUGAUUAUCGUUUUCGUUCGAGGCAGUUCUCUCUGAGAGGUUUUGACAUAUUCGAGAUGUAUUCUGAUCGAGUGGUGGCUGAGACUGUAAGCAAGAAUACGGUGAAGAACCGUCUCAAUGGCGGCUCCGGCGACGGGAGACAAGUCACCAGGAAGAGAGGACGGGAGGAUGACGAUAAGUGGGAGCAUGAUCUUUUCGAUGACGACACCAAGCCUCGAGUUUCAAAUCGCAAGGUUGACCCUAGAGAUCUCCGCUUGAAGCUCCAGAAGAAACAUCAUGGCUUGCAGAGUCGACUAGGAGGAGCUCGUUUGGGGGAGCGGGAUCUGCGUGAGAAGCUAUCUGGGACAAAGAAUCCACCACCAAGGAACACUAACCUACAAAAAUCUACAAGGGAAGCUACUAGACCAGCCGUAAAGAACGGUUCAGGUGAAACCAAGUCUGAGACCAGAGCAGCUUUGAACAAAGCUGUCAAGAAGAAACCACAAGAGGCUGGUACGUCAGUUGAUAGCUUCCUGGAAUCAUUGGGUCUUGAGAAAUAUUCAACCUCAUUUCAAGUGGAAGAAGUUGAUAUGGAUGCUCUGAUGCAUAUGACAGAUGAUGACCUCAAAGCUCUGCUCAUACCAAUGAUUACAAGAGUAACGAUGCUCAUAAAAGAUAGAAAUACGAUCUCAUAGCGAUCGCAGAGAUGAUCUCAUGGCGAUCAUCUCCUCCAAGCUCAUAGCGCUUGAAUCACAUCAACAUCAUAAGCAUAAAGAACAAGUGAAGAAGACGAACUAUAUUUAUAUGAAGUCUUUCUCCCUUAGUCUUCCCAACUGCAAACAUUCUGAAUCGCAUAGAGUCUUCACUCCUUUUGCCAGCUCAGCCACUCAUUUGCCACGUCAGACUCAAGAUGAUAGAAGUCUAUCAAUACUUCCCCCAUGAAAACAAGCUUGCCCUCAAGCUUGGGAGAAGAAAAGAAACUACUGGUGCUCAUGUAAAAGAUCAAGAUAGGACUUAUCAAUGCUUCAUUCAUGCAGGUCUUACAGCUUCUGCAAAUGUCGAAUGUAACAGCUGAAGUCUCCACCUUAUCUUUAUACUUGAACAUCCAGGACUUGGGCACUUUACUUCUCCGCCUUUGUUGCAUGACUUUGUUGCCCUUGUGAACAGACAAGCCACUCCACAAUCCUCCGCAAUCACGGCUUUGCACCUUGCCAUCAUCUCCACUUAUAUCAUACAUAUACGCCUCUUGUACGUUAGUUUGCAGAACUUCUGUCCAAACACUUGUCUUGCUGAGUUGUUGUUUGUACUUAAACAUAUACGUCUUGAAAGACUUUUUCUUCUUA